UCCGAUUGGCCACAGAAGGAAGCUUGAAACGCUGGAAAUUUGAACCGAAAUCAUUCAAAAGUGUCUCCAUGGCGUGAUUAAGACGUACAGAACGUUUGAUUGUAACUAAAGGAAGAAUCCAGAAAUGUGGGAUGUAACACCUGAAACCGUGCUGUUUUAACUUCAAUCACCCAAGAAGAUGGAAGAGUAUACACCUGUACAUCAAGUGCAUAUAAUGGGGGAGACACCAUUGCACACUGAUGACAGUGGCUACCUCACAACUACUCCAAGUUCAGCUGAAAGCUUGAAUUCUGUGCCAUCGAGCAACAGGAAGCUGUCACAUGGAUGUAAAUACAGAUGUAGGAAUUGUGCUGCAUUAACCCCUGGCACACUGUUGUCACACACGCCAAGUGUGUGUUGUCAUGGAGCACUUCUUUCAGCACACAAGAAAAAGAAAGCCUCAUUAGGGAGGCUUAAGUUGCUACACAGGAAUGUUUCAUUACUCUCAAGCACAGAAGGAGUAAAGGACUCACCUUCUGGUUAUAGUGAAUUGCAGUCACAAAGCAAAAGUGAGCUGUUGAUAAGCAAUGAUUUUGAUGAUUUAUCGCUGGUAGAAAAUUCCUUUGAUUCAGAAGAAAAUGGCAUACUUGAUGAUAGUGCUACAUUGUAUGAAAAAAUGGAAGUGGAUGGAAAUGAGUCAGAAUGGAAAGCUGACAGUCAUAGGGAUAAUAUGGAUAAUACAGAUAAUAUGGGACAGAUAUCAGUCAGAAAGUCAGAAACUGAAUAUCAUGCAACUCACAUGCUAGUACCACAUGAAGGGUGUAGACAGGACAGUGAAACUGGCAGUCAGGAGAUGGUGAACCUUUACCAUUCACAGGAAAGGGAUUCAUCUGUUGAAGACCAUGAUUUGAUAAUUAAUAAACAUGACAACUUGACUAGAAGAGAUCUUUCACGAGAUCUACCGACAAAAUGCCAAAAAUUUGAAGAGGCUACUGAACGUCACAUUCAGUUCCCCCUAAAGUAUUCUAGUCAGCAACUUCUAUGUCAAAUAGGGCGGGAGAAAGUUGAUUUUCUCUACCUCCUCAGUGAAAAGAGUGAUCACCAUAUUGUAGUGAAAGACAUACUCAGCUACUUGGAGCCUGUGGAUCUGACUGCAGUAGCAGUGGUUUCCAAGACAUGGAACAGAGUCUGUAAAUCCGACAGUGCUUCCCGCAGACGUAUACGUAAAUACCUGAAGAAAAAGCGACAGAACAAGGAAAAUAAUAUACUGCGGGAGCAUAAGUCAAAUUUACCGGCUGUGCUGCACAGUCCUAAAAAUGUUUUUAAAGCGAUCGAUAAUCUGGCAUAUGAAGGAAGCAGUCAGGUUGUUCGCAGUCCAUCCAGCCCUCCGACAAGUCCCAGCAAACGGAGGUUUCUUCAGUUUUACAAGGCAGCACAGAAACUUGAAAGUGGCAAGAUGUUAGCUCCUUGCCCUAGGUGCUCUCUACCAUCUCAGAUCGAUGUAGUUUCACAUGUGGGUCAGUGUACUCAUAAAAAUUGUCAGUAUUUAUUUUGCUCCACUUGUCACCGUGACAUCCAUAUCGGUAGUUCCUGUCCGUUUCCACAAUCCAGGAAACGUCCUAGCUGUAUCGGCAGUAAAGCCAGCAAGAAAAAUCUGCGCAGACUAUGAGUGACAUGGAUUUAUGUAAUGACCUGUCUCUAGAUAAUGCCCAGUGUUAUGCUUCCUGUAGCAGUAUUAAUGGUCUGUCACACCUUGGUGAUUAUACACUAUAUGGGCGGCGACCUCACUGUCCGCCCAUAGGUGAUGUAUACGGUGCACACAGUGGCAUGGGAUAUCGUUUCAUUUGAACUGUCUCAUGCAGUAUUUAUUAUCAAGCUGAUAGGCGAGCGUAAUCUGGAAUCAUACAAACAUCACUUCAAGCACUGUAUGUAUGACAUUUUCCUUAAUAAGUAAGAAAAUGAUACAUGUAUAUUUUGAAAGCUGGUUAUGUGUAAUUUUACUAUGUGAUUGUGUCAAACAUUAUUUUUAUUGUUACUCUGAGCAGUCAUACAUACAGAGGCUUGUCAUUAUACUGCCUCAUUGCUGAGAAUUUCAUGUUUGGUAAUGAGGGUAGUUCUGAUUUUAAACACUAAUUUUGUUGCUCAUAUGAUUUUCCUGUAUGUGAUAAUUAUAUUUUAAAGAUCUGAACUUUAUUAUGUUCCUAAUAUAUUAUUUGUUUUAAUUAUUAGCUUAUUUCUAGUUUCUGGUUUGCCAUCAAAACUGCUUACUGAACAGAUGUAAGUCAUAAGUCUUUCUUCCUGUACUAAUUAUCUUUUUUAUACAGUAAGUGACUUAUUUCAAGUUUUCCACACUUAUAUGGGUCAUCAUCUCUGCACCUGUUUCUAUAUUUUCUCCUGCUGCAGUUUAUAUACUCUUUUACUAAUACAGUGUUCUUUUCUUAAUUAUGUCAUAUAUUAUCAACAUUUAUCAGUCAACACAGUUAUCGGUCCUUGUAAGAUUUCAGGUUCUCACAGCUGUCGUUGUGAAGAGCGCUCUCUUCUGGGAUAUAGCGCUGUGCAGUUUGUUGAAACUAAACUCAGAUGGAAUUCCUCCGAAACGUUGGUUGACUUUCAAUGGACUAUAUGAUGAUAUAUCCCAGAAGACAGUAUCCUUGUUAGUACUCAUUUACCUUCACAUCUGUCAUAUUGCCAAGUUUUACGGUUAAACAGUAAUUUCUACAACUACUUCCCUUUGUAAGCUAAAUUUUAAAAAUUCUUACACAUUUUAUCACAAACACUUUUAUGUACAGAAAUUUAUAUAUCCUAUAAAUUCCCUCUUAUUUUGUGCCACCAACUUGUCUUUGAUGACCUCUUUUGUACAUACCAUUUCCUUCAUGUUCUGCUUCCAAAGAAUGUGAGAUUUGAGGUUCUCAUGACAAUGAAUGUAAGGAUCUUAAUAUUCAUGGGAAAGAACUCUCUUAACCUCCAUUUGGAAUAUUUACCUCCUUA